GUUUUUUUCUUGCUCCUUCUCUUUCCACUUGAAAACUCCCUCCCUUCCUCUCCUUUCACUCUUUGUCGUACUUCUUUUCCGAGCCUCUAAUACCCUUGUGUGAAUAAUAUAUAUAUAUCGACUUGGAGCCAUGGCAAAGAAGUCUGGCAAUAAGAAGCUUAAAACCAAUAGCUUUAUGCUUUUGGAAAAGGGGCCAAAAUGGAAAAGAGAGCAAGUUUCUGAUCACAAAUUCGACUUUAUCGACAUAGAAGAAUUUUAUGACCCAAGCUGCUGGACAAAGACGAAAUAUAUGAUGAUUUUCCUUAGUGUCAUCAAGUCUACCUUAACAUAUCUUGCCGAUUUGUGGACUGCCGGCAUUUUGCUUAGUUCAGUGGAUCCACAAAUGAUUUACAAAAUCAGUCCAACAGCCAGUAAAUGGAUUUACGUUGGCUGUAUCGCUCUUUCCUUUUUACUCCUUGCUCUGGAUAUUCGAAAAGCCAGAUUGGUCAUUGCAUCGCGCGACAUCUCGUAUGCACUCACUUCUAUUACCGCAUAUCGUUACUACUCAAUCAAGAGUUACCCUCACUACUGCUUAUUCGAUAAGAUUCAAGCUUCAAAGAAGACCACCGACGAUUUUGCAUUCUUUGUUUUCUUCACAUUAAAAGGAUGGAAACGCCUUUUAUUCGCUGAAGGUCCACGUCAAGUGGUCGCUAUUAUCACUGUCGAAACGAUUCUAUACAACGUGUGGACAACAAAUGGCACACAGGCUUUCCAAUUCAAAACAAAGCUGAGCGAUUAUGGCCUUACCACAACUACUCAAAUGCAGUUGAUUCUCAUGACGUUCACCUCCUUACUCUGGGUGUUUUCGAUGAUAUUAAUGUUCAUUGCUGCAAUCAUCUAUAUUCCACUACUUUGUCAUAUUAAGGGCAAUUUGAAGGAAUAUGUUUGCCACAAGAUUGACAAGAGAAUUGCACAGCUCUUGAAGAAGCAGAUUCGUAAAAGAAUGGAACAGCGUGGACAGAAACCUGCCAAUGGUGCUAAAGGCGUAGCUGCUGCGCCGAUCGCUCGACCUACAUUACCUGUCCUUGAUGAGACAGAUAUCUCGGAAAAAACACCUUACAACGAGUACAUGAGAACUCCGCAUAUGGCCACCAAAUCACCACCUCCAGUUUAUCACACACCGUAUUCAGAAUAUAAUACUUCCUCACCGUAUCAACAACAAUACGAUGACCAGUAUUAUCACGCAGACAGUGGCUACAACCAGCAGAACCCUGGCUAUCACCAUCAGUAUGAGCAAGAAGCUAGUUAUCACAAUGGCGGUGGUGACAUGCGUGGCGGUGACAUGCGUGGAAUGGAUCAAUAUCAAUAUACUGGUGAAGAUAGAUAUUAUGACGACCGUAAUUACUAUCAACACCAUCAAGCAGAACAGCGUUCUACUGGUGGUGGUGAAGCUUACGCCAUGACCACAUACCAUACCAGUCCCAAACCUGCAUCAGCUCCAGUGCUUUACAACGAGGUGCCUGCCCCUCAAGCCUAUACUAUGGAAAAUCACACUUACUUUGAGCCUCAUGAUGUACGAGCGAGAUCGCUGGCCGACUCGUCUCACACUUCGCCACGCCAGCAGUAUGCCGCUGCCACGCCAACUUUGCCCACCACCCGUCUACCUCGCGGCACACAAAACUCCUCGCCUGGCAAUUAUUUCUAAAGGUAUCUUUGACCAUUUCGCGAGCCCGAAGCAGCUUGUUCUCUUUCAUUUCAUACAAUUUUGAAGAUUGUCUAUACAACCUUCCACAUUCCUAUCCCUGUAACAUUUAAUUUUGAUCAAGUAACGAAAAUAAAAAUGUGUGGAUAACAUGUAUUCAAAA